AUGAGGAAGCUUGUCAAUUUUGCUAUUUAUGACAACUGGAGCAUGGAUAGGACCAAGUAUGCUAUAAAGGAUCUGAAGCCCAAGAUGAAGAUCUGGCAGAAGAUUUUCAUUUCCUGCAUCCAUCCCAGAACAGGCGGAACUGAUUACCUCAAUGCAACUCAGAAGGUAAUCAUGUACUACAUUUCUAGGGGUGAGCAUGUAUGUCUGUCAUUUCUGCUUUUCAACUAUCUUAAGGAAUGUGUUGAGAAGUCAAGAACUACUGGAGGUGAGAACAAGAGGUCUAUUUCUUACAUUCCUUAUGGAAGGUUACUCUCAGAUAUCUUCACUCAGAAUCGACUGGUCAAGGCUCUUUUUGAUCUGGGACUUCAUGAUGAUUUGGCUAUGACCAUUGGAGAUCCUCCCAAUGGGACUAAGCUGAAGAGAAUGCAGAUUAUUGAGAAAGUUCAGAUUGAACCUAAAGAAGACACAUCUGAAGAGAUCCGUCAGAAGAACUACCCUGUUAAUGACUUUCCUCUAUGGUCUAAAAAGGACAAUCCAGCAUGCAUUAUGGAGUAUGUGAGGAUGCUCAGAAGAGAAGGAGAUUCUAUCACCCUUGAAGAAUUUGUCACAAACCUUCCUGACAGUCCUCCUGAAAUGCCAACAAGAAGAGCCAAGAGAACAAUCAGCAAGCCUUCAGAUCCCAAAGGCAAAGGGAUUCUGAUAGAGAAGACCAAGAAAACAAAAGCAGCAUCAAAGUCUGUAGUAAUCAGGGAACCAGUUCCAGAACCCUCUCCUGAAAGAACUCCAGAAGAGUCAUAUGAGGAAACUCAAUCUGAUGAUUCUGAAAGCUCUAUGGAUUCUUCCUCAGGAAACCAAGAAGAAGAAGUUCCACCUAGAAAGAAUGUCAAGAUGAAAGCAAUUAUUGAAGAAUCAUCUGAUGAGGAAACCGAAGAAAAUGUUCCUCUGGUAAAAAGGCAAAGAAUUCAAACAGCUCAAGUUGAAGAAGAAGUUGAGCAGGAUGACUGUGAGAUCAUUGAAAAUGUGCUCCAAGUCAUAAGGGAAUCAGCAGAAGCUGAAGAAUCCACUGAUUCAGAUGUCGAGCCCAUAGGCAAGAGGUUGAAACUGCCUCUGAAGGGUCCACUUCAGAAGAAGGAGUCAGGACCAAAGCAAACAUCUGAAAAGAUCUCAGAAGUACAAAGAGAAAGGAGAUCAAAGACAGCUUCAGAUCCUGCAAGGACUGCCAGACCCACCAGAUCUAUCCCUUUCAGAGAAUCAAGUAAGGAACUUACUAAAAGCAUUAAUUUAGAUUCUGCUUUAGUAGUUAUUCCUGAGCAACCUGAGCCUAUAUCUACAUCUUUGCCAACAUCAACCCAAACAGCUCCCACUCAAACAGAACCUCAAACACAAGCCUUUUCUCAAGCUGAAACACAAGUCCCCCAAUCAAACAUCCAAACAGCUACCACUGCCAUUCCAUCCAUCCAUAUUCAAACCUUUUCCACAUCCACCACAACUGAACCUAUACCUACCUUCAAUUCUUUCAUUCAAGGUAUCGUUCAAAGUGAGGCUACCCCGAGAAAUUUGGUUCAACACUUCUCUCCCAAGCCUCCAUCCACUUCAAAGACCCUCCUGAUAACUCAAACUGAUCAACUCCAAGAUGUUGCUGAAACUUCCUAUGUAUCCUUGUCAAAUUAUUCUGCAGUAAACUCACGAGAUCUGAGUUUUACCUCACCUGAGAAGACUGCUACCUCCAGGCAAAGGCAAGUGACGAUCUCUGAAGCUGAGCAUAUGGAUGAAUCUGACCAUUCAGGAAUAGAGAAGAACCAUGUGAUUGAUUCUACUCCUUCAGGACAAACCAGAACUCAUAGUUCCAAUGCUUCAAGCUCAAAUGCAACCAGAACUCCUCAGGCUAUCCUGACCUUGGCAACCUCCUUCCGACCUCAAAAUCUCAUUCAACUCAUUCAGGAGUUCUCUGAAGAGGCAACCAGGAGAUUGCAAUGGUUAUAUCAGGUAACUGAUAAUCAGUUUGAUGCUUCAUUUGUUGAUGGUCUGUGGUCUGCCUUCUGA